UAGUUUACGACUGAGGUAAUACGAGGAUGGGUGCGUGUGUGGGAAGUGUUAUACGUUUUCUUUUAAAAUCAUAGGCUAUUAAAAGUUUUCAUCAAAUUUUAAAAGAUGAUUUUAAACAUAUUUGCUAUAGUUAAAUUUUCAUGAACCGAGUUGCAAAGUGAAUUGAAUUUAAAUUAACAAAGUUGAACUUCAUACCAUAAAAAAACGGAAGUAUAAAUAGCUGACAUAAAUAUGGACUGGGGAAUUAGAAAUGGGAUUUUCUGUGAGGUAAAAGAAGUCAAUGGGAAAGCAAAUGUUAUGCCUUCAGUUUUUGCGCUGACAACGAUAUCGAAUGGAACCAAACCAACAAGCACCUGUCAAGGCGUUCCCGGCAUCAUCAACAAUGCCUAUAAGAUGUCCAGCUUCAGUUUUCCUAAACUGGCCGUACCAACAGACACCGCAUCACGCAAAAUCCUGCAUGCCUGCAACCGUCUAGCGACCCAACUCUCGCCUGUCCAACCCAGACAUGAUAACAAAUAUGGCACGAUGAACACAGACAUGGCUGUAGAAGAUACGGACGAUACCCUGAGUGUUUCUAGUACGGAUCUUACAGACAUGUUGAUGGCAUCUAGAGAUUUUCUAAACUCUUCCAGGUUUGACGAUGCUGAGGCUGGCUUUCUCAAACUUUACAAGGAAAUCCAGGAAAAACCAGAAGACAAUGGCCGUCUGCUUGUGGAAACGCUGACAGGUUUGGCGGACAUUUGUAUCCGGCGUAGCAGGAUGUGCCGCUCCAAUCCUCUAGAAUGGCAGUGGCUGUGCAUGCAUGCUAUUGCUUUGCUGCAGUACACAGUCGAGUUCUGCGACUCUGAGCUGGAGAACCAACUUGAUAACGAGGCUACAGAAUGGUACCAGGAACAAAGACAAGCGUCUGAGCUAAAAUGUCGGCCUCUGGAAGACGCUUUCACAAGGGCACUUUACAAUUGUCUAAAACACGACGCCAACUUUUUCGAUCCAUUUCAGUCCUUCUCUUUGCCGAACACUCCAGUCUCUCAGCAAAGAAAGCCAAAUUUAUUUCCCCUAAGUUCUACAAUGCCCCAAUACUUGCUGGUUCCCGGUAUGAGUUAUAGAGUUACCGACCAGGGACUGAAAAAGCAGAGUUCGGAUGAUUCAGACGUGGCCGUUGACUGGCUAGCAAAAUUUCAGUUUUACUGUAAGGAUAGACUUCAAACAAAAGACUCAAAAUGUGUAACGGAGAAAGUGUUGAAAUCCACAAAAAGCACAGACAAUGAUGACACCGAGAGUUUAAUGAGCAAUGGUUCACAUGGUUCCUUAGACUGGGACCAUAGUGAUCUACACGGCAUUGAUGAAUUAGAAAUGGAUAUUACUGAGAAAGAAUCACCACUCACUGACUUUUCUCUUGAAUAUGAACUCGCAUCUAGUGAAACUGAUAACGAAGGCUGGGAUUUCUUUCUUCAUCAACGCCGUAAUUGCGAUUUACAAAGUGUAGUACAAGUGGUGCCCAAUGAUGAAGAGAAAUGUGAUGUGAAUGAAAGGGAAACUCCAAGCUUAGAUAAAGAAACGCAGGAUAUCUAUCAGCAAGAAAAGUCAGAGAAAACUCGAAGAAAGCACCAUGAGCCUCGAGAUAUAGUAUCCCCUCUACAUGCCCAUAGCAUCAGUUUAACACUUGCUAGAUCGUUUUGUCGUCUUGCAGACAAGUUGGUUCAAGAAGAAGAGUACAAAAAAGCAGAAAUAGUGUACGAGAAAAUACUUGAUAUCAUCGACGCAAUCCAAGACGGUACAGCAGGAAUGCUCAGAUUCAGUGCCCGUAUAAUGAAAAAUCUUGGUACUGUUAAAUCAAAGCAGGGUAAAUCGUCGUCCGGGCUUGUUCUCCUGAAUAAAGCACUCAAUACAUACCGUGAUCUUCAAGAUGAAGAAGCCAACUUUGAAAUAGCAGUUGCACUAAUUGAACUUGGGAACGGAUACAUUGUCGGUAAAAAUCAUGAAGAUUCAGUUUUUGAUGAUGUAAUUAUAGCAAUUUGUGACUUCUUUGAGAAAGACGCAAGUGAUUCAUCUUCAACGUCAACAUCAAGCUCUGUUCAGUCUCAUAUUUCACAGAUGACGUCUUCAUUGACGUCAAAUACAGAAGACAGGAACGUGGAAGAGGCUGUCAUGUGUUACACUGAGGCUAUAUCGCUCCUUGAUUGUUACGAAGCGGAUGAGAAACAAGUGGAUAUGUUCGCUAAAGCUAUCAUGAGACUGGGUGAUUGUCAUUUUAUGCAGAAAGACUAUGACAAAGCUCUUGAAUGCUAUGAAAAAGCACUUGGUAUGUUCAGAUCAUAUAACAUAUUUGGUAAAGACUCGUUGAUGGAAAACGCGCACGUGCUUUGUAUGCUUGGUGUGUCAAGUUUCAUGUUACACGUGUAUCCAAGGGCAGCAUCGGUCUUCGAGACGGCGUUGCACAUGGUCCGAUGUGCUUACGGUUUCAAAAGAACAUUUUUGAAUGGAAUGCUGCAAUCUCUCUCUGGAAUCACAUACUACAAAAUGAAAAACUAUCACAAAUGCGUAUCCAUGUGUUACCAAGGUUACGACACUUACUGUGAACUGUUCGGAGAUGGAAUGCCGCGUUUAGAUAAACAGAAGUUUUGGUUGGUCUGCCAGACGCUCUAUGUCAUGGGAAACUCGUACAAUAUCUUGAGUCUUCAGCAGAAAGCGAUGAAGUACCUGUCUAUUGCUCGGUCACUGAUGAAAUCCUCAAAAAGUCGAGAGAGAAGGCAAUUUAUGAGAGUUCUCCAAAUUCUGGGUGAUUGCUACUUUGCCAAUUAUGAUUACAAGACUGCUCUUCAAUUUUACAAUGAAGCCUUGGAGUAUGGUGAAUGUGAAAGCUCCAUUUCUUUUGACGAGGUGUUCGAUCCGAAUUGCGCUUCAGACGAGAUGACAAUUCAUAAUCAUCUUGUCAGCAAAUCUGCCGAAGCUCACCUCAGCAUGCAACAGUACCAGAAUGCCGUGCAUUAUCUGGAACAAGCUCAUGAUAUGCAAGAGGUUAUGGGCGAGGACAUCAAAGGUGACUUGAUCAAUACUCUGCAUCAGCUAGGGCAUAUGCAUUCCGUGGCAGGAGAUGUCAACAAAGCUAUCGAAUCUUAUAAGGAAUGUCUUGAAGUGUUUAGGGAAAUUCACAAAGGCGAACUUGAACCAGAAAUGUGUACCACAUUGGGAAAUCUUGCGGCAUUAUGCUACGUGAAAGCUUGUAUCUCUGAUACCAUUGAAGAGGAAGAUAAAAUGACUCGUGACGCGGAUGCGUAUUUUCAUGAAGCACUCGCACUUGAUAAGAAUGCAGAAGUAUGUGUGAAAUAUGGAAAUUUCCUGUACAGUCAAUGUAAUUAUGAGUCUGCAAUAGUGUAUUUUUGGAAUGCUUUGCGAAAUGACAAAGCAACAGCAGAUAUAGUAUACAGAGGAUUGGAGAAAGUUACUCUACCGGAGCUACUUCAAGACGAAGUGGACACGCAUGAUGAGAUAUGCUUGCCCUCGUCUAGUCUAGCACGAUACUUACUGAUUUUGAGUCACAAAGCUCUACAUGAACUGGAUGAAGCAGAAAUAAAUUUAGUUUGUUUAAUGGAAGAAGUCUUGGACUAUGACGUCCCGCUUCUCCACUCGCUCCUCGGCUACGCAAUGAUGGAACUUAUGUUGUUCGAGGAAGCGGCUGAUUGUUUUCUAACAGCGGCUGAGACAGAGGAGGAUUAUCAACUGGCAUGUGAAAACUACUGCAUUUGUCUCCUCAUACUGCUACAGAAAACAUUAUUGUCCGGCCUAGAAAAUAUUUUAGACUAUGUAUCCAAGCACGAUCCAAAGUUUUGUAUUGAGUAUUCAUUUUGAAUGCGUCAGCCUAAUGCAUUCAUUCAAUUCAUUUAUGCACACCAUACGUUUCCGCAGCGUAUCUGUUUUAAAAUUGUUAUUCAGUGCUAGUCACGAAAACAGUAUAUGUAUUAUUGACUAAUGAUUUUAUAUAGUAUAGUAUACAUCAAUUAUACAAGCCAAAAGUCACAUCUCUGUACAACGUAUGUGUUCAUUAGGACAUAUUUCGAAUCAAAUUGUGUUCAUUCCGUGCUCUUGUGCAACUAUAUGUAUGCAUUUCUUUUCUUGGUUUUAGUCAGCAUGUAAAUGCUUUGCAUUUUGUGUUCUGCUUGUAAUAGGGAAAAAAUAAAACUUUCUUUUAUGAUAAUUUUAUUUGAAUUGACACUUUUCAGUCUAAAGCACGCAGUCUUAAUCGAGCGCUGACUAGGCAAGUCUAAAGGCUAUACUUGCAAUGUACAUGAUGUAACAAGGUGUAAGAUAAGAACUUUGUUCCGUUCGAGAAACAUAACAUACUUAAUUUACAUUUGAUCAGUAUUGGUAAUUGAAUACUAUUUUAUUUCGAUGUUAUGGCGUGUCUGAUACAAAAGUAGAGAGAUAUGUUUCAAAAUAUUACUCAUUUUUCAGUUUAACUGGUUUCAACAUCCAGUCAGCAACCAGAGAUUUUCAAAUUUUGACUCACUUAAUCGGCUUAUGUAAAUCUAUAAUGCAGAUACUUUAGUGGGUAAAUAUGGGGGUUGCUAAUUGUUACCUAUUAUUUUACAUGUUUUAUUUAUCAAACUAUAAAUAGGUUAUAGAUCACUUAUUGACCGUUUAAUGAAAUAAAGGAACUGACCUCCAAACCGUAUGACAAAAAAAAAGAAAUUGAAAUUAAUUCUAUAUUUCUUAAGAAAGCUUUGAAACUAUAUCAAUGACAGACUUUAAUAUUGAAAGACAUGAGAAUUAGUUAUAUUACUGAUAUUUACAUUCAAAAUUGAAAAGCGUUUGUAUCGGGUUACUUUAAUUAUAAAUCUUUAUUAUUAAAAAUUAUUGCGUGCGCUUGACAGGUUUUAUUGCCGUGGCGGCUCGGAUUCGAUUCCGAACUGGGCAUGUUUCUCUCUCCUUAUUUUGGCAUUUUUGAGAUAGUUUAUAAACAAAAACUCAAAGAAAGGUCGUUGUUUGCCAAAAUCUGGAGAUCAAUGCCUUUUACUUUGCUGCACUUUUUCUGCAAAACUUCAGUUACACGUUUAUUACUUGAGUCAUCAGUUAUGACAUAUUCUCUCGACGUGUUCAUAUUCUUUUGCCUUGUGUUUAGUUUCGGCAAGGUAACAGUAAAUUAUCUAAUUGACAUGAAUAUGUUAGUCGAAUUUAAAUUGCAAGGCAAAAGAUACUAUAGUCAUUAGCAUAUUUUGUAUGACAGUGUGUAUAUGUAAAUUUAAAAUUCUUGAAGUCAAUUUUAGACACAAUGAUUGUACAGCUAUGUGCGAACCAACUUACAAUUUUUCCCAAGAAUAUGUAUUUUCUUCUAUUUUUGCAAGGAAACUAGUGCAACUUUUGUAUUCAGUCAGUAUUCAUAAAUUUCUAAAAUAGUUCAUAGCGUUUUCUAUCAACAUAUCUUCCACAUCGUUAAGAAGACAGAUUAUUCUGCAUGUUUUUUGUUGUUGUUAGUUGGUAAGAGCUGUUGCUUGCAGAAAACAUCAUUCUUUUGCGGAUGUGAUCAUAACAAUAAUGUACACAUUCGAUUCUUUGUCCGUUUAUCAGAUAACUUCCGUUUUAAUGGCACUCAUAAUAUGUAUUUAUGACCAGUUAUGGGAGAUAUCAACAAACAUAAAAUGUGGUUAAAUAGUCAUGAAAUGACCUUGUUUAUUUUUACAUCAGAAACGUAGAAAAGCAUAUAGCAUAUGUUUAUUGUAUGAAAGCAACAGGUUUCUGAUUUUUUUUUACAAAGCAAAAUCAAUUUAUAAAAGUAAAUAAAGUAAAUAAAAUGUGGAGGCUUCUUUAGAAAUGGCCAAAAAGAUAGGACUUAAAAGAGAACUAUAUUCCACCACAUUUUCUAUGGCACUCAUAUGUAUCUAUAUCAAUCGAAGAUUUACUGAGGGAAAAAAUCGCGAAAAUGUUUAAAACUUAAUUUGCAAGCUUUAAUAUUGCAAAAUUGCGCAAUAUCAUGUUUGUUUUUGUAUAUAUGAACAGUGUGUAAUUUUGAACAUACAUUAUUACAAUACCAUUUUAUAAAACUUGAAAAUGUAUGCAAUUCUUCUAGAACAGUUGUUUUUAUACUUAAAUUUGGCACGUACAUGUAAUUGUAAAUUGUAACACUAUGUUUGCCUGUUUGACAUAAAUAUGUCGGCUUCUAUGUAAGUAAUUUAUUAGUCGCAUUUCUCGUCUUUCCGUGAUAAAAUUGUUUUAAAUGUUGUGAAUUACCCCAUACUGCUGCCUGUUCUUGAAUGAUGCACUUUCUACAUAACUAUAUCUUAAGUGCAAGUUUUAAACAUGUUGUUAAUAUUUGGCCAAUUUCAUGCUUUUAUUGAUUAUCAACAUCAUAUUAAAUAAGUUAAUAAAUAAUCAUAAUUUAA